AUGUCUGGUCGCGGAAAAGGCGGUAAAGGGCUGGGGAAGGGAGGCGCCAAGCGCCACCGGAAGGUCCUCCGGGACAACAUCCAGGGCAUUACAAAGCCCGCCAUCCGCCGGCUCGCCCGCCGAGGUGGUGUCAAGCGCAUUUCUGGGCUCAUCUAUGAGGAGACCCGGGGAGUGCUGAAAGUCUUUCUGGAGAACGUGAUCCGCGAUGCGGUGACUUACACGGAGCACGCCAAGCGCAAGACGGUCACCGCCAUGGACGUGGUGUACGCGCUGAAACGCCAGGGCCGCACCUUGUAUGGCUUCGGCGGCUGA